AUGUCGUACGAGAAAUGCCGUCGUGGCCAACACUAUGAGAACCACGAUCCAGAGACCAAGGUCAGUAAGAUCAUCUCAGCCUAUGCGAAGAGCAACGCCGUCAGCAUCAUCGAUAUGGAUAGGUUCAGCGGCGAGGAGGUCCUAGACUGCUUGCAGGCCAUCUAUAAGGUGCAGUACAAGACCUUCGUUGCCAUCGUGACGACGCAAGUGAUUAAGCAGCAGAUAGCCCGGGGGCUCGAAAAGAUGUUCUCGCCGCUGGUCGUGGACAACGAGGACGCAGUUCGCCCUCCGCUCGCGAUUCCUCUAACGCACAAAAACAACGACCAAAUCGCUUACUUCUUCCACCCGGCCUACCCUCUGCCACACGACCUUCUCUUCACCUUACCGUGUGUUGAUCCGGCCGGCGCGAGCGCGCAACCCACGGGUCUCCACCACACCGCGCUCCUCGCUUGCCAGAUCAUCGCUAACAAUGCUUUCGAAUCGGGACAACUCUACUUUGACCGCCAAGGUGCGCAUGCCGUGUUGGAGCGUAUCCCAGCACGUGCGGUCUUGUGGCCGGGGGAGUAUUUCUUCGUCGUGAACUCCGACCACGGAUCCCUCGGCCGCCACGACGCGACGCUGCGCGCGCUGACGAACUACGGUUGUGGCCUCACCAACGCCCAUAUUGUGCCGGAGGAAGAAGGCGAAUGGUUUACGCAGAAUAGCAUGUCGCGGUACGGUGUGGAUAUGCGCGACCCUAAGUUUGUUCCGGUUGGCUCGGACGCCUCGUCUUCCACUACGAACCCGGCGUAUGUCCCGCGCGUCUUCGGGACCAAUAUGGGAGAGUUCUCCGGCCUGUACCAUAACACGCAUUUUCAGUGCCUCGAUAACACUAACCGCGAGUUCAUCUCUUCCCGUCUCGCCUGGACUGUCUUAAUGCUUAUGAAGCCGUUCGUACUCAUGGACAUACAGCGGUCUAUUAUACGGUGUCAGAGCAACCAGGGAGCCGGCGUCGAAUGGAAAGUCGAAGACUUGUCGGGUCCUACGCUGUCGAGCCUCUACGGGGGCGGGGGAUUGCGGAGUGUCAGCCCCAAAAAGCGAAGCCGGCAGCAUGUGGAGGAUUGCAGCAACGUCGCCGACUCGGACGAAUGGUACGACAAGGUCUUCGACGACGGCAGGGACGAAAACGCAGUUUUCCCGACUUAA